AUUGACGGCCACACGGGAAGGUGUCUGGGGCAGGGUCACAGGCUGGCUGAAGGGUCAGAUGAGCAGCCUGGUGGCCCCCAACCCUCAGCCCAACGGGCCCAUCCAGUACAGCCACAUGUGGACAUGCUGCUACGACGACCUGAUGGUGUCCGAGGCCCUCACGUAAGCAUUGAAUGCUCAUCCACAGGGAGGAGCCGGUUAGAGAGAGAGCCGUGCCAGUCAGCAGCCAGGCAUGAUGUGUGAUGUGAUGAGAGGGAAACACUGAUGACUAGAGAGACUGCCAAGCCUCUUUGUUCCUGUGUCCCCUCUGUCUCUCUCUCUCUCCCUCUGUCUCUCUCUGUCUGUUUGUGUGUGUGACCAGGUUCAGCGGCAGCCCCAUCAUCCACCCACGAGACAGGCUGCCGCUGUUCAAUGAGGAGAUCCCCCGCGUGGAGUACAACCCCGAGCCACAGGUACGUGUGGCCUCGAGGCAUCACAGACGCACACACACCUGUUCCUUGCUUCUUUCAUCUCCCUGUGCCAUCCAUCCGUCCACCAGAGCAUCUUUGACCAAAUCCGAGGCCCUACCGACGACAGCAUCAGGCCGGUGGCCAAGUUCAUGGGGGUGCUGAAGGACCCCGCUGAGGGCACUUUCAGGAGGGGCGUUGGCGUCGAUAUGGUUCGGGAGUGGACAGCACAUUGACACAGAGAGAGAUAGACAUGCGGGCAUCGCCUCAUCGUGGCUGUCUGUCUGGCUGUUUGUGUGUCAAACUGUCGAUCUCAUCAGUGGUGGCCAUACGUCGCCUUCGAGCCGAAGAGCGGCCGCUGCGUCAAUACUUGCCCGCGGGACGACUGGUGAAAUGGACGGUGAAGCGCCGACAGACAGACAGACAGACAGACAGACAGACAGGUAGACAGGCAGGCAAAGAGAGAGGCAGACACAGAGGUUGUACAAAUCUGACCAACUCAUGUCUCUCUCUCUGUCUGUGCGUGUGUGCAUGCUCAGGCCAUCCAACCACGCCCCACUGGCGAUAUGAUGGAUGGAUGGAUGGAGAUACGGACGGAUGGACGACUGUGUGUGCAUCUCUCAUGGAUUGCGGUCAAGAAGCUG